AUGAAUAUCCUACAGAACAGAUCUUCGUCUUUUAAUUCAAAUGUCUUUUCAAACACUAGCUUGGAAAAUCAGCAAUUGCCAAAAACAAUAGCAUACAGUGUCCUCUUCUUAGCGUCAGUUAUUGGGAAUUCUCUCAUCAUUGUGGUCAUUCACAAAGACACUAGAUUGAAAACAACAAAUAACUUUCUAAUAGCUAACAUGGCUGUCAGCGAUCUCCUCUCGACGCUAUUUAUCGUGCCAUUGAGAGUUUCAAAAAUYUACUUUGGAAACAGAUGGUUCAUUCCUGGKAACAUUGGUGUUGCUUUGUGCAAAUUUGUCUCUUUUGUGCCUGAUGUCUCGACCUCAGUAUCUUUUUAUAGCUGCCUCUUCAUCGCCAUUGACCGGUAUUUUGCCGUUUCMAAUCCACURAGGGGAGGCUUCAKSAAGUCUCGACUUAAGUGGAUCAUCCCAGGAAUUUGGAUUUUCUCAGCUGCUAUAGUAUCUCCUUAUUUCUAUUUCCGUAGCUUGGCUGGAAAGGCAGAUGCACUAGUUUGCCUAUCUCAURGUUCUGGUGACCAAAUACACAGAUAUKUUCUGAUUGCYCUAAACGUUGGAGUCCCUUUUCCCAUUAUAACAACUCUAUACGUCAUGAUUGUGUUCAAGCUUCGCCGCCACAAGGCUCCUGGAAGACAACACUCAAUUACAAGAAGAAAGAGGGAMAUUCAGCGACGAAAGGUUUUGAAAGUGUCUGCUGCAAUUGUAGCUGUGUUGUACUUUUGCUGGAUUUUUGUUGUAAUUGUUAUUAUUUUACACUCGUUAGGWAAAGCAAAUGAAAUCCCUUYAUUAACCUGGGCUAAUUUAGAGUUUUCCUCUAUGUUUAUAGCACACAUGAGUCUAACUUCAAACUUUUUUGUUUAUCUUUUUUUCAACGGCAUUUACCGAGAAAACUUCAAAGCAAUAGUUUCGACUUGUAGUACAGGCAGCGUAUAUAAUCGUGACCGCCAAAGUAGGAAAAGAAAUACCUUGGUAACAAUGAGCUCGAGGUUUAAUUCAUCUCGGUAAAAAAAAACCUGUUGUGGGACGACAUUAUAUAGUCAUAUAGUCAUAUAUUUAAGUGAUUUCAGYUUUGUGGUUUGGGAAAUAAAUUAAGAGAAU